UCUGGAGCGAGGAAGAGGAUCACGGUCUUUAAGCCCAUCAGGUCUCAACAGGCGUCCGUGAAUGUGGUGGGUCCUUGAAGUCUGCUUAAAUCACAAUCAAGUGUAAGAAGCUACAUUUUUCAAAUACAACACAGCAGCUACUGACUUCUUCAGGAACGAUGCAGCUCAUCAGAGCUUUUCCAUUCCUUUGCCUGGUGAUUUCAGUCGGUGCGCAGAGGAGUUACAGACUGACCUGCUAUCUGGAUGUUUUAACACACCGCACACGUGAGGGGCCGUGCUCUCACAUCAUCCUCCCCUUGACCUCCACUGAUGACGACCUUUACCUCCAAAGCUUGUCGGAAGAUGACAGUCUUACUAUUAGAAAGAUGAAGGAGAGAAAUCCAACUUUGAAGAUUUUGCUUGGCUUGGAAGUCAAAUCAUCAAGGUUGGAGCUGAUGUCUGCUAAUGAGGCCGGUGUUGAGACUUUUGUUCAAACGGUAUUGACAUACUUAAAGGACAAGAGUUUAGACGGUCUAGAUGUGACUUGGCUGGAUUGCCCUUCUUCUGAAUCUAGCAGAACCAUAGAGCUAUUCACAAAUUUUCUGAAGAGUCUAAAAGGCGCGUUUGAAGAAGAAACCCAGCCUCUACUUCUGUCAGUGUCUGUACUAGAGCCUGUUGACCACAGUGCAGUCACUUAUAAUGAGCGAACACUUUCACAGUAUGUGGACUUCAUCUCCAUUCUGCCUGCUCACCUCGAAAAGGACGGACCAUACAUUGACAAAACAGUCCAACACUGGCAGGACCAGCAAGUUGACCUGCAAAAGCUCAAUCUAGCCAUGCCUGCUUUUCUACGCCGGUCACGUCGACGGCAUCACCACAGGGAUCACCUCGAGCAUGAUGACAUGAAUACAGAGACAGGAAGGAAGGAUCACAUCCACGUUUUGGGCUUAUACCUGGGCGAUCAGGUGUGUCGGGCCAUUAAAAGUGGACAAGAGCGGUUCAUUACUUUAACAAGUCUCUCAAAUGAGCAAAGUCUUGUAGCAGAGGUGCUCCAGAAAGGCUUUGGUGGCAUAGGAGUUGUCUUCAUAGAUCUGGACGUCUUCUAUAACUCCAUGUGUGCAAACAUUACUCAGGAAGAACGAGCGAUGGUUGAAUCAAAGGUGAUUCUGCAUUCACAUCAUGAACACAGACGUCAUGAGCAUGGUGGUCAUCAUCAUAGGAGGAUCCAUCACCACAGCCGCCACCAGCAUCAUCACUCUCAUCUUCGUUACGGCAGCCAUGGUCACCGUCACCAUGGACGCCAUCAACAUGGCCAUCGUCACCAUGGUCACCGUCAUCACCAUCAGCAUCGUCCAAUAAUUCCUCAAAGCAACAUAACCCUGGAAGAACGCCAGGGCAUGGAGUGAACUUAAUACAUAAUUUGCAUAUGAUGAAUGUUAAUGAGAGACCUGCUUA